AUGUUGAACUUCAAGAUCUCCGUUCUAUUUUUUCAGGCACUCGACAAAGGGUUGAAAGCUAAAACGCUGUUCACUAUCACACCUGGAUCGGAACAAGUUCGCGCUACAAUUGAAAGGGAUGGAAUUUCUAAAAUUUUCAGCGACUUCGGAGGAAUGGUGCUGGCAAAUGCGUGCGGUCCUUGCAUUGGACAAUGGGAUCGCCAAGAUGUAAAGAAAGGAGAGAAAAAUACCAUUGUCACUUCAUAUAACCGAAAUUUCACUGGAAGAAACGAUGCGAAUCCCGCUACCCACGGUUUUGUCACAUCUCCUGACAUUGUUACUGCACUCUCCAUUACUGGAAGGCUCGACUUCGAUCCCACAAAAGAUCCGAUUACUGCACCGGAUGGCUCAAAAUUCGUGCUCAAGCCUCCAACGGGAGAUGAUCUGCCACAGAAGGGGUACGAUCCUGGUGAGGAUACUUUCCAGUCGCCAUCACAAUCUGGAGAGGUUGUGGUCGACCCUAAAUCGGAUCGUCUGCAACUUCUUCAACCCUUCGAUAAGUGGGAUGGCAAAGACCUAGAGGACAUGAUCAUCCUGAUCAAAGUUAAAGGAAAGUGCACAACUGAUCACAUUUCGGCUGCCGGACCAUGGCUGAAAUACCGAGGUCAUCUUGACAACAUUUCCAACAACUUAUUCCUAACAGCUGUGAACGCGGAAAAUGGCGAGAUGAACAAGGUUCGCAAUCACCUGACAGAUUCCUUUGGCACCGUACCAGAAACAGCGCGCUAUUACAAAGCGCAAGGAGCGAAAUGGGUAGCUAUCGGAGAUGAGAAUUAUGGAGAAGGAUCAAGUCGUGAACAUGCCGCCCUUGAGCCACGACAUCUUGGAGGAAGAGCCAUCAUCACCAAAUCCUUUGCCAGAAUUCACGAGACGAAUUUGAAGAAGCAAGGAAUGCUCCCACUUACCUUCGCGAACCCUGCUGACUAUGAUAAGAUAGAUUCCGGUGACAAAGUUUCGAUAGUUGGCUUGAAGGACUUUGCUCCAGGCAAACCGCUCAAGGCCAUAAUCAAAAAGCCAGAUGGCUCCAAGGUCGAGAUUUCACUCAAUCACACUUUCAACGAGCAACAAAUAGAGUGGUUCAAAGCAGGUUCGGCUUUGAACAGGAUGAAGCAGGUGCUAGCCGCAAAAUAA